AUGGACCACCCGUGGCUGGGCUGGGUCAACUGUAGGAUUCAGCCCAGGACCAGAGCCGAGCGUUGCUACAGGUGCCUUGGGUUCGGCCACAUCUCUACUCGGUAUGGUGGGCCUGACAGGACUGGGAACUGCCAGGUGUGGAGCCCUACGGGUGGCGGUAGGAAUAGCUCCCAAAAAAUGCUGAUCCUGCAAGUAAACCUUGAUAGGACCGUCCUUGCGCAUGAUCUGCUGGACCAGUUCUCCCACGCCCAGGAUGUGGACUUGCUCUUCAUAAAUAAGCCAUCCCGCACGUUGCCAGGUUGGAGCUGGUACUGCGACACGGCUGGAUGCACGGCCAUCCUGAUUCGCAGUGACAAGUUCUCCGUAUCCGAUACUGGAGGUGGCGACGAGUUUGUGUGCAUAAGGUGUGGAAGUGCUUUCUAUGUAAGUUGCUACAUGUCCCCUAACAUUUUGAUUGGUACCUUUGGAGAGCGGCUUUCCGAACUCGAGGAUGCCGUUCGAGUAUUCAGGAAGAGUGGUGAUGUGGUCCUGACCGGCAACUUUCACUCCAAGGCCGUCGCUUGGGGGGAGCCGAGAACCGACCCCAAAGGACGGGCGGUGCUAGAGAAAGCUGCGAGGCUAGAUCUCAUCGUCAUGAACUCUGGUGGUUCAGAAACGUUUAGGCGACCUAGUAACCAGGGAAUGAUUAUCGAUCUCACGCUGGUGUCGUCAGAAAUGGCAGCGCGAGUGUCUGACUGGCAAGUCCUAGAGGACUACACGGCCAGUUAUCACCAGUGCGUUGCUAAGUGGAACGUGGCAAAACUCAACCGAGAUUUGCUGCUGGAAGCCAUGGUCAGCGCGCCACCUCCAGCCGAUUUGAACAAGAUCACAAAUCCAGAGGAGGCCAAGACACUCGUCGGCGUUCGUGCUACUGGUGGACCGAAGAUAUCGCUAACUUGCGCAGAGAAGCGCAGCAUCUACGGCGUCUUGCACAGUGACACAAAACUUGUGAGCAAGAACCGAUGCUGGUGCGAGCUCAUCGCCGAGGUAGAUAAGGACACGUGGGGCCUGGGCUACCGGAUCGCGUUAGAAAGACUUCGCGGUACGGACCUGACGCCGCGGAUGGAACCUUUCUUCUUGGAGAGAGUGGUCUCUUGCCUCUUUCCGGAGCAUCCCGCUAGGAGGUUGGUGGCAUCAGAGACGCUGGGGCGAAAGGCCCCUGGUCAGGAUGGGGUGCCGUCUGAGGUCCUCAAGAUCAUAGCUGUGGAGAAGCUACAUAUUUUGUUGGACAUGUUUAAUGCGUGCCUGCGCGUUAGACUGUUUAGCGAGCAGUGGAAGAUCCAAAGGAGCGUCUGUAUCCUGGCGACUCUUGACGUAAAGAAUGCCUUCAACACGGCGAAAUGGUCCAACAUAAUGAGGGCCCUGAAGCACCAGAAUGUACCAGACUACCUAAGAAAGAUCCUGGACAGUUACCUCCAGGAUCGAGUACUCCAGUACGACACGAAAGAUGGACCAAGAGAGAGGCGUCCGACGUUGGGGGUCGCACAGGAAUCUGCUCUUAGCCCCGAUCUCUGGAACCUGGUCCAUGACGAACUUUUGCGCCUUGAAAUGCUUCCGGGAGUCAAGCUGACGAGCUUUGCUGACGACAUAGCAUAG